AUGGCUGAAGAACAAAACGAAUCCGCUGCUUGGCCCGUCGCCGACAGCACUCUCUCCCAAGAGAUCCUCGAUCUCGUUCAACAAGCUCAACAUUACCGUCAAUUGAAGAAGGGUGCCAACGAGACCACCAAGACCCUCAACCGUGGUAUUAGCGAAAUUGUCAUCCUCGCCGCCGAUACUGCCCCAUUGGCUAUUCUCCUCCACCUUCCUCUUCUCUGCGAAGACAAGAACACCCCUUACGUCUACGUACCAUCCAAGACUGCCUUGGGACGUGCAUGCGGUGUUAGCAGAGCUGUCAUCGCAGCAAGCAUCACCACCAACGAGGCAUCCGACUUGAUGGGCCAAAUCAGAAGCUUGAAGGAUAAGGUCGAGAGACUCCAAAUCUAA